AUGUUGAUGCUGUGUGGACUGCCGUGUAGUGGCAAGUCGACAUUAUCACAACACUUUCUGGUCCCGGCGGGCUACGUCAGAGUUUGCCAAGAUGUGCUCAAGUCCAAGGAGAAAACCUUAAGAGAAGUAGAGCGGCUCUUGGAGGAAGGCCGGAGCGUGGUGCUCGACCGCACCAACACUGACAAGGCUCAGAGGGCGCCUUUCAUCAGUUUGGCCAACCGCUUUAAUGCUAGGGUGUGUGUCUGCGUGCUGGACACCGAAAGGGAAACCUGUCGGGCUAGGUUGAAGUCGCGCGAGGUGCAUGAGGGAAAACCCCUGACUGCGAACCAGAGAAACUCUCUGCUGAUCGGCCUGGGCAUGAUGACGAAACGAUGGGAAUCUCCUACACUUGAGGAGGGCAUCGAUGAGAUACGAGUGGCCAGUACGGUUGACGAGGUGCGACUAUUGGGGGAACACUACCGAGCCGCUCUGAGGGAGGUGAAUGAGGAGGAGCCUCAAGCGAAGCGUUGCAAAGUGUUGGAUAAUUACAUAUGGCGGCGUUGCGUGAAGUUCAAUUCGGUUUAUCGGCGGGUUUCUCGAUCAUAG